AGCAGCCCCAGAGAGGAGAGAGACCACCCCACCUGUUCUUGUGUCUGAAGGGACCGCCUACUCACCACAACUCGCAGAAAGUAUAACCAAGGUUGGUCUUUAGAGAGAGUAUCCAGUCCAACAAAAUUAUGAACAGCGGAGCAGGUCCAUCUCCCUACGCUGCCUUCAGCGCUCCCCGCUCCCGGAUGCUGAUUGGCGGAGCGACAACUCCGGAAAUAGCCGCCAAGGCAGUGGCGAAGAAUGAGGCGCAGAAGAAGCACUUCAAGAACAAGCUCGGGCUUUUCGCCCAGGAGAACCCUUCCAGGCCGCUCAGUAUUCCGGAGCUGAAGCGUCCACGCAAGGCGUUGAUCGUUCCGGAUGUGAAAGUAGGACUCGCGCCCAGCGUGAAGUCACCGGCUAAGGGGGGGCAGAAUAAAGUGCGCGGCUUUGGGCCCAAAGACUUCCGCCCGGCGCUCAUGCGGUAAGUGUUGCCAUUUGAGAAGGC